CGAGCACAGGAGGACUGACGACCGGAGCUUUCACGAUAUUGAGACGGUCCUGCGCGGAACAGAGGAGCAGCCGAAAGGGACAAAACUCACGGCGGAAGCUUAUGUGCUGAAUAUCUAUUUUCUUUUACCCCAAAAGCGUCGGGCAGGAGGGUGCGUGUUUGUGUGCGUGUGUGGGCGCGCGCUGAACGCGGGGCGUGUGUAAACCGGACAUCACCGAAUCACGGCACGUCCAGGCUGUCCCGUUCUCGACCGGAGAUCUGGUAGAGGACAGCGGAGGACAGCACGAAGCGAAACCCCGUGACUGUCUGUAAGAAGCGAUGUCACUCCUGUGUGUUGGGGUGAAGAAAGCUAAGCUCGAUGGACCCCAAGAGAAGUUUAACACCUAUGUGAGUCUGAAGGUACAGAAUGUUAAGAGCACGACGAUCGCCGUGCGGGGAAACCAGCCGAGCUGGGAGCAGGACUUCAUGUUUGAGAUAAACCGGCUAGAUCUGGGUUUGACGGUGGAGGUGUGGACUAAGGGUCUGAUCUGGGACACCAUGGUGGGCACUGUCUGGAUCCCACUGCAGAGCAUCCGCCAAUCAAAUGAAGAAGGUCCAGGUGAAUGGCUGACUUUAGACUCCCAGGUUAUCAUGGAUGAUAAUGAGAUCUGCGGAACCAAAGAUCCAACAUUCCAUCGGGUUCUGCUCGACACACGCUUCGAACUGCCACUGGAUAUCCCUGAAGAGGAAGCUCGCUACUGGGCUAAGAAACUGGAACAGCUCAAUGCCAUGAGAGACCAGGAUUAUUCAUACCAGGAGCAGCAGGAGAGGCCACUUCCUGUUCCUGGGGGCCAAUGCUGUAACUGGAACUUAUGGGGUGACCAGCAGAAUGAAGACCCAGAUAGCGCAGUGGAUGACCGGGACAGCGAUUACCGCAGUGAGACAAGUAACAGCAUCCCACCACCCUUCUACAGCACAUCACAGCCAAAUGCCUCCGUCCACCAGUAUCCCAUGGGUCAGCAGCAUCGCUCCAACCGAACCACCUACACCCGCUCUAUUCAUGGCUCUGACAUCAUUGACUACGACCACCAGAGAGCAAUCAGUCCGGCAGGAAGUUAUGCAUCAUCAGCAGAGUUGAGUCACUGCAGCUCACAGCUAAGUGAGGAAGAAUAUGGUGAGAGAGAGCUGUAUGACGAGAAUGACUCCUACCACUCAUGCCACUCAUCCGUCUCCUACAGUAAAGGCUCUCCCGACUGGGAACCAGACGAGACAACAGGUGCCUACAGUGAUGAGGGUGCCUACAGCAAGGAUGGUGGCGAGGAAGGUGCCUUUUAUGAAGAAGAUGUUGACCCAUACGCUGAAGAUGCUGAAAUGUCUGAAGGUGAAGAGGAGGACUUCAACUACCAUGAUGAGGAUCUGUACCCUGUAGAUGAGGCUCUUAGUGAAGAUCAGGAGCCUCCAUACACCCCUACCCCUACCAGCACUGCACCCAAAUUGGCUGUGCCAUCAACAUCCAGGCCACCACUGGAGAAACAGGCAUCCCUGCAUCAGCAACCACCAACACAGCAGGUGCCACAGAGCCAGAAUGCAAACCAGAUGCCCAGUCCAGCUUCUACACAGCCAUCAAAUCAAACUCCUACCCAACCACCAGCCAAUCAAGCUCCAAACAAACCCAACCAAACACAACAGCAAGCCAGGCCACCUCUCCAGCAACAGCAUUCUACAGGUCCCAUUCCAUCUGUUCAGUCUUUCUUUGCUAUGGCCAAACCUCUAACUGCUGUUUUUGGGUUGGGUGGUUCUAUGUCAAUGUCCUCACAGCCUCCUGCACCCACACCACAAUCUCAAAGACCACAGCCACAACCGCAACCUACAGCGCCUCAGCCCCAAGCAGUACAAGUUCAACCUCCUGCUUCUGGAGUCCAGCAAACAGCUCCAGCAACAGCCAAACCCACAGAAUUUCCAGUCCAGCCUCCAACAUCCACUGCUCAACCUUUAUCCCCUGUAGCCAAGCCAACCACACCAACAGAGGAACCACAGGUCAUUGAGGAACCUCCAGUGCACGAGCAGCCACCUCCAAAGGAUGAGGAGAUUGCUGAAGAAGGAGCUUCUAUGGAGGACAAAGAAAGGGAGAUCACACCUCCAAUAACACCACCAGAGGAGAAGGAACCAGAGCCUGAACCAGACAGAAAGCCAGAAAUUGAGGAGGUGAAAGAGCCUGUAGACCCAGCAGUACGAGCUAAAGAGAACUGGCUACGGCUCUUUAACAAGGUCCAACAGCAGCUGCAGGAGGAACGGGGAGAAACAGUUUCUCAAUCUCUUUGGUUUGGAAAGGGCGGGAUGGGGGGAGCUUUGUACAGCAUAGACAGCAUGCCUGACCUACGCAAGAGGAAAGCCAUCCCAUUAGUCCGGGAUCUAGCUAUGUCUUUGGUUCAGAACUCACGUAAAGCUGGAAUCACAUCUGCUAUGGCAUGUAGCACGCUCAACAAUGAGGAACUGAAGAGUCACGUGUAUAAAAAGACCCUGCAGGCUCUGAUCUACCCCAUCUCCUGCACGACCCCCCACAACUUUGAAGUGUGGACAGCCACUACACCUACCUACUGUUACGAGUGUGAGGGGCUGCUGUGGGGUAUCGCCCGGCAGGGCAUGCGCUGCACCGAGUGUGGGGUCAAAUGCCACGACAAGUGCCAGGACCUGCUUAAUGCCGACUGCCUACAGAGAGCUGCUGAGAAGAGCUCAAAGCACGGUGCAGAGGACCGCACUCAAAACAUCAUCAUGGUCCUAAAGGACCGCAUGAAGAUCCGCGAACGCAACAAACCUGAGAUCUUUGAGCUUAUCCAGGAGGUUUUCGGUGUGGUCAAGGCAACCCAUGGGACCCAGAUGAAGCAGAUCAAGCAGAGUGUUCUCGACGGCACAUCCAAAUGGUCAGCCAAGAUCAGCAUUACAGUGGUCUGUGCUCAAGGACUGCAGGCCAAGGAUAAGACUGGCUCCAGUGAUCCCUACGUAACAGUCCAGGUGGGCAAGACUAAGAAAAGGACUAAAACCAUCUAUGGAAACCUCAAUCCUGUCUGGGAAGAGAGUUUCCACUUCGAGUGCCACAAUUCAUCAGAUCGCAUAAAGGUGCGAGUGUGGGACGAAGACGACGACAUAAAAUCUCGUGUGAAGCAGAGGUUCAAAAGAGAGUCUGAUGACUUCUUGGGUCAAACCAUCAUCGAGGUCCGGACUCUCAGCGGAGAAAUGGACGUGUGGUACAACUUGGACAAACGCACAGAUAAAUCGGCCGUGUCUGGAGCCAUCCGCAUGCACAUCAGUGUGGAAAUCAAAGGAGAGGAGACAGUGGCUCCAUACCAUGUCCAGUACACUUGCCUACAUGAGCACCUAUUUCACUACACCACCGAAGAGCAGAGCGGCGGCGUGGUGAAGAUCCCUGACGCUAAAGGAGACGAUGCCUGGAAAGUCUAUUUUGAAGAGACAGCGCAGGAAAUCGUGGAUGAGUUCGCCAUGAGAUACGGAGUUGAGUCCAUCUACCAAGCCAUGACCCACUUUGCAUGUUUGUCAUCUAAGUACAUGUGUCCUGGGGUGCCGGCUGUGAUGAGCACCCUUCUGGCCAACAUCAAUGCCUACUACGCUCACACCACACAGUCCUCAAACAACGUCUCCGCCUCCGAUCGCUUCGCCGCCUCCAAUUUUGGGAAAGAGAGAUUUGUGAAGCUGCUGGAUCAACUUCAUAACUCUCUGAGGAUUGACCUCUCCAUGUACAGGAAUAAUUUUCCUGCUAGCAGCCCUGAGCGGCUGCAGGACCUAAAGUCAACAGUGGAUCUUCUCACUAGCAUCACCUUCUUCAGGAUGAAGGUUCAAGAGCUGCAAAGUCCUCCUCGAGCCAGUCAGGUGGUCAAGGACUGCGUGAAGGCCUGUCUGAACUCUACAUAUGAGUACAUCUUCAACAACUGUCAUGAGCUUUACAGUCGGGAAUAUCAGACAGAUGCGUCUAAAAGUGUUCCUCCGGAGGAGCAGGGCCCAAGUGUCAAAAACUUGGACUUCUGGUCCAAACUCAUCACCCUUAUAGUUUCCAUUAUAGAGGAGGACAAGAACUCCUACACACUCUGCCUCAACCAGUUUCCUCAGGAGCUGAACGUUGGGAAGAUCAGCGCCGAGGUCAUGUGGAACAUGUUUGCUCAGGAUAUGAAGUAUGCCAUGGAGGAACACGAGAAGCACCGGCUGUGCAAGAGUGCAGAUUACAUGAACCUUCACUUCAAAGUGAAGUGGCUCUACAACGAGUACUGCAAAGAGUUGCCAUGCUUCAAAGACCGUGUGCCUGAGUAUCCUACGUGGUUCGAACCAUUUGUUAUUCUUUGGUUGGAUGAGAAUGAGGAAGUGUCCAAGGACUUCCUGAAUGGUGCACUGGUGAGGGAUGCAAAAGACGGGUUCCAACAGACAUCAGAGCAUGCCCUCUUCUCCUGCUCGGUGGUUGACGUUUUCUCUCAGCUGAAUCAGAGUUUUGAGAUUAUCCGGAAGCUGGAGUGUCCUGAUCCUCAGAUUGUUGGCAACUACAUGAAGAGAUUCGCCAAGACUAUUGGCACUGUACUUCUGUCUUAUGCUGAUAUCAUUGCCAAGGAUUUUCCCAACCACUGCAAUAAGGAGAAAGUGCCUUGCAUCAUUAUUAAUAACAUCCAGCAGCUGCGGGUGCAGUUGGAGAAGAUGUUCGAGGCCAUGGGAGGCAAAGAUCUCAAUGUGGAGGCCAGUGACUUCCUGAAGGAGCUGCAGGUCAAACUGAACAACGUGAUGGAUGACCUAAGCAAUAUCUUUGCGGUCAGUUUUCAGCCUCACAUCGAGCAGAGUGUGAGACAGAUGGGUGACAUCUUGAGCCAGGUAAAGGGUGCCAACGUUCCUGCUAAUGGUAACGGCAGCCUGACGCAGGACGCAGACAAUGUGCUUCAGCCCAUCAUGGACUUCCUGGACAGCAAUUUGACAUUAUUUGCAAAGAUCUGUGAGAAGACGGUACUGAAGCGGGUCCUCAAAGAGCUGUGGAAACUGGUCAUGAACACCAUGGAGAAAACCAUCGUUCUUCCACCACUUACUGAUCAAACAGGCACACAGCUGAUCUUCAGCGCUGCAAAAGAGUUGGGUCAGCUCUCCAAGUUAAAGGAGCACAUGGUGAGAGAGGAAGCCAAGGCACUCACACCCAAACAGUGUGCAGUUAUUGAGCUGGCACUGGACACUAUAAAGCAAUACUUCCAUGCAGGUGGCGUGGGCCUGAAGAAGACGUUUUUGGAGAAAAGCCCGGACCUGCAGUCUCUGCGCUACGCUCUGUCACUCUACACACAAGCUACGGACAAACUCAUUCGCAAAUUUGUCCAGUCACAGCACAAUCAGGUUCAUGGAGGAAAAGGGGUGAGGUGCACUCCUAAUGAGGACGUGUACCCAGAGAAGGCCUCAGGUGUGGAAGAUGCGGUGGGAGAGGUGUGCAUGACUGUGGAGAUCCUCAGCGAUCCUAACUCUGCAGGACACAAAAUCAAUAUAAAAGUGGUGGCAGCAAAUGACUUGCGCUGGCAGACUCAAGGCAUAUUCCGGCCCUUUGUGGAGGUCUACAUCAUCGGACCUCACCUCAGUGACAAGAAGAGGAAGUUCGCCACAAAGUCGAAGAACAACAGCUGGUCGCCGAAAUUCGCAGAGUCCUUCCAGUUUGUCCUGGGCAGCGAGCUGGGUCCUGAGGGCUACGAGCUGCAGGUGUGUGUGAAGGACUAUUGCUUUGCACGAGAGGACCGUACAGUCGGCAUGGCCGUGCUACAGCUAAAAGACAUGGCGUCGCGAGGUGGCGGAGCCUUCUGGUUACCCCUUGGCAAACGUGUGCAUAUGGAUGAGACGGGCCUCACCGUGCUGCGAAUCCUUUCACAGCGCAACAACGACGAAGUGGCCAAAGAGUUUGUCAAGCUCAAAUCGGACCAGCGCUCGGCCGAAGAGGGCCGUGGGAGUUAGGAGAACAGAGAGCUGCGUCCACAUUCUGUACACGCAUAGGAAACGGAAAGACGCACACAUACACACACGUAAACACGUACCAAGCGAACAGGAAACUGUCAGGUCAUGAAACACUGGCUUGUAUAAAGACUAGCGUGAGUUAAGAGAAAAUACUGUUGUGCCUCACCAGUGGCAUAACAUAAAUCUCCACAGAAGCACUACAGCAAUCAAACCCGAUUCAAGCAAAUAAUGAUGUCAGAGGUGUCACUCUUUCAUCUUUGCCUUUUUUUUGUAAAGGAAACGCCGCUGUGACAUCCGAAAAUGCAACAGUAUAGACACAUAGGCAGCCAUUUCACGUCAACAUUUUGCCUCUUGAAAGCUAAAGCAUGCUUUACAGCUUAUAUAAAAAAAAACAAUGAUGUUUAAUGAUUAACGCCAUACAUAUUGAGUGUGAUUAAUGCCAUGCAUAUGUCACACAUACAAAAUUUUUUCCUACUUUUUAAUCCUUUAUAAAAACAUGCCGUAGCCUUUUUGACCCUACGUCAUUCUAACAUUAAUGGAAUAAGCAUUAGCCAUUACUCAGUUGUGCAAUGAGCAAAAAGCAGCAUUAUAAGGAUGUUAGCUUUCCACGCAUGGCUCAAAUUAGCACACCACUCCCUCCAUAAUUCACUCUUACACGUGUAGACUAGCAUGCUGCUCCUUCUUGCUUACCCACAAUGCACUGCUGUUUACAGGAGCAACAUGAAAUUGCUUGUGCUCUUCGCCUCAGUCAUGUUUUUUAAUCAGACAAAAUUCAAAACAUGAUGGGGCUUUUUUUUUUUUUUGAAAACCUAAGCACUUAAACCUCUGUUGCAUGUUUUUGAGUCCAGUUCCUGGUCUUGUUUCUAUCCAUCUGUCUGUCAGAUCCAUGCAGAGAGCUACAUUUCUGCUGUCUUUCAGUUAUGUUGUGCAUGAUGAAGCCACUUUAACACUGUGACUCUCUCCUCACACCCGCCUCGGCUGCUGUGCGUUACGGAGCUUUAAGUUUUUUGAUUUUGUGAGUUCUACAGUUCCUGGAUAGUCAAAGCAAAACUGCUAGCUGGAAUGGUGAAGAUCGGUCAAACAUGCCAUUAUAGGACUCGCACGCCGAGCAACAAAAACGGCAUAGCAUUAUUGCAAUACACUUUUUUCACAAAUAUAUAGAUUUGCAAAUGCAUUCAAGAGUAGGCACAUAAUUUAAAACCCUGUGAGAAAGUAGUUCAGGUAUGGUGAGAAAUGGAAAUGUGAAACAUUUAUCGAAAAUCAGUUUUUACCUGCCAGUAAUCUGCUGUCGAUAACAUCGUUCAAUAAUGAUGAAACACACAAUACUCUCAGAAAAAGCAUUGCCCAGUGAGCAUCAACUGACUAGAGACAUCAGUGAACCUCCAUUAGACAUAAAUUGACCCAUAAAAAGGUUUUUUUUAUUUGAAUUUUUCCUCAAAUAUACAUCUAUUUCUGGUGCAUAAUAAGUUUAAUAUUUGUUCUACAUUUAUACAAAAGAUCUUCUACUAAGAACUACUAUAAUGUGAUGUCUUUUGGAACAUCUGGUAGAUUAUACUGGUAGAUUAUAUGUUGAUAUCUACACCACUAGAGACCAUUGGGAUGUCACGGAGCAUCCAGAUUGCAGUAGGUUUUUACAAUGGCUUCUCUUAUUUAAUGACAUUCACAAACAUAUUAGGUCAUGGUUUAAUGGAUACUGGAUGGUUUGUAAUGGUAUUUGUAGAAGAUACCAUUAGAAUUUCUUUAAUGGUUUCUAUUGUUUAGGUUUUUAUGUUUUUGUAGUAGGGUUAGCAAUAGAAAGAUAUUUUCAUUUAUAAAUACCAUCUCAAAUUUUGUCAGAAAUCAGGUGAAGCUAACUGAUUUUAGCCACCUAGCUAAACUUUAUACUGUUUAGAACUUCACAAAUCCUGUUGGAAAUCCUGUCAGAUUAGCUGUAAGAACUGGCCAGCUAUAAAGUUAUAAAAUCCAGUCAGAUUACUGUAUUUUGUCUAAAAGCCAAAGCAAUAAGUAUUAUUUUUAAAAAUGCUUGUGUAUUCUCUCAGAAAUCCUGUCAAGAUAUCUUAUUAUAGCUAAGUUGAAAAUUACUUAUUUACUGGUAGUAUGGUAGCUGUCCUUGUUUAUCAUUGAACAUUACUGUGUACACCUAUGACUAUGACCUUUUCAUAUUAGCCAAUGUUAGCUAUCACACUUGUGUUAGCACUGAAUGAAGUUAGCGUGGACGAUUGUGAUAAAUUAUGAAAGAAAUAGUUUCUGAAAUCCUGUUAAGUUAGCUUGUGCUAAACACGUACGCCUAAUAGCUUCCUCCCAUAUUUGGAAUAUUUUUUUAUUCUUUCUGAGGAAAGGCAUCAAGAUUCACAAUAAUUCUGCAGAAUGGUUAUGAGAGAAAGAGUGUCUCUCCACUUUUUUGCCACUGGAUAACCCUUUGUGGGAAGUGUAAGAGGUUAGCAUUGCUGGUUUCUAAUCAUGUUACUCAAUAGUGUUCAUUGUGGCUGGACCUUAAGUCCAGGAUCCUGUCAUAUAAAAGCAGUGUCCAUGUUACAUGUCAGUCUGUACUUCUUAGAUUAUCGAUGAACCAGAGUGUAUGUCCGUGGCGUGUGGGCACAGUUGUUGUAAUGUGAUCUAGUGUAAACUUGUCUGUCUUAAUUCUACAGCAAUACUAUAGAGAGAGUAAACCAGAACACACACACACACACACACACACACACACACACACACACACAUAUGCCAAAUAAAGUCUCUUAGUCAGCCAUUCAUUCAGUAAGAUGCACAGGCCUGUGCAGGUGUGCAUCACAUAUUAGCUUUUCAGUAUUUUAGAACAGUAGAAAGCACAGAACAUGGGUUUGAUUUCAGGUACGUAAACGUUUAGCUGUUCCAAUAAGCCGAAGUGCAAAGUUCCUGCACCAUUCCUGCACUUUUUUAUCACUGAAUGAUCAAUUCCAGAGGUGUUCUUGCCUAUCUGAGGGCUGUACAUGUGGUCUUAUGAGAAAAGACAGCCAGUCGUAGAUAGAUGGCCAUCCAGGUUUGCUGUUUUUACACCUUAACCAUAGUGCAAUUAAAAACACAGUCACAGUGGUUCACUUUGGACUAGAAUAUUAAAUGUUUACAAGGCAGAGUGUUUCAGCACAAAUUGCUUGCACAUACAGUACUUAUGUAAUCAAUGUUAUGAAAUGGGUCGAGUUUAAGAGUUAGGUAGAAGUACGGUCUCUUUAUUACAUGGCGGUGGAAUCACACCUGACAUGACACGCUUAAAAAAACUCUUCAGCCAAGAAAUAAAAAUGACGCCAAAACCACCACCAACCCUUAUUCAGUGUCUGAAAUUUUGCAGUGAAGCAUUAAAGCUAAUGUUCCUGAUAUGUAAUGACAAUGAUGGAUAAAAUACGCCAUUUUGGUACUCGAGUUGAAGUACAAAUAACCUGUUUAAAUAUGAUUUAAUGAAGUAAUUUUUUUAACAUUUAAACUUGAGUAAAAGUACAAAAGUACUCAGUUUUGAACAGUGGACAGUAACAAAGUGAAUGGAAUUUAAUGUAAAG